GCUGUGAACGUAAACAUGCGCUUAAGAGUAUUAGCUCGCCCUGUCCGUCAACCCUCGGUCCCGCCCCUUUUUCCCGUCAGCCUCCGUCAGUCAGAGCGGAGCGGACGCGCACCCGCAGGACGAGGUGCCGGAGGCAGCGCGGCUGAUCGCCGUCAGUCUGCGUCUCAUUCAACGUUGUGUCUCCAGGAUGAAAUGCGCAGCGCGGCUCUGAUGGCCUGCGGACCGACACCGUUUGUUUCAGCACAAUGAAGCGAUGGAGGUUCCAAACUUUGUUUCGCUUGCUUCUGUGUGUCGGCAUUUUGCCAUCUUGUUCAUGUGCUCAUGGGAAAUACGCUCACAAGCUCCUGAACGAUUUGUUCACCAACUAUACAAGUGCUCUGAGACCUGUGGAGGACACGAACACCAUCCUGAAUGUGACCCUGCAGGUUACGCUGUCACAGAUUAUUGACAUGGACGAACGAAACCAAAUUCUGACUGCAUACUUAUGGAUACGGCAAGUGUGGUUUGACGCACACCUCAGGUGGAACAAGGACGAUUACGAUGGACUCGAUACCAUCCGCAUACCCGGUAGUUACGUCUGGAGGCCUGAUAUUGUCCUCUAUAACAGUGCAGACGAUCACUUCACCGGCCCCAUGGACACCAACGUGGUGAUCCGCCAUGACGGUCACAUGACGUGGGAUUCGCCUGCGAUCACCAAGAGCUCAUGCAAAGUGGACGUGUCUUUCUUCCCCUUCGAUGCUCAGCAAUGCAGAUUCACCUACGGCUCCUGGACCUACAAUGGGAACCAGCUGGACAUCCUGAACGCCAUGGAGAGUGCUGAUCUGGCUGACCUGGUGGAGAAUGUGGAGUGGGAGGUGCUGGGCAUGCCGGCUAAAAGGAACAUAGUGCUGUACGGCUGCUGUGCGGACCCCUACCCCGAUGUGACCUACACACUUAAACUGAAGAGAAGAGCUUCCUUCUACGUGUUCAACUUGCUCAUACCGUGCGUGAUGAUCUCUUUCCUGGCCCCACUGGGCUUCUACCUGCCUGCCGAUUCUGGAGAGAAGGUGUCUCUGGGCGUCACCGUGAUGUUGGCUCUCACCGUCUUCCAGCUGCUGGUUGCAGAGAUCAUGCCCCCGUCUGAGAACGUUCCUCUGAUUGGAAAGUACUACAUUGCAACCAUGACCAUGAUCACAGCCUCCACUGCUCUGACCAUCUUCAUCAUGAACAUACACCACUGCGGCCCCGAUGCCAAGCCCGUUCCCGAGUGGGCAAAGAAAGUGAUUCUGCAGUACAUGGCCAGAAUGUGCUUUGUUUAUGAAGUUGGGGAGAACUGCAUGUCUCCACAGAUAGAGAAACAGGAGCCCCCCCUGAUGAGGAGCAACAUGAACGGCCAGGCAGGACCCUGCAGGGAGGACUGUGUCUUCAAGGUGGAGAAACAGGAGACAGUGAGCUCCAUGAUUGCAGAAGAAAGAGAGGACCUGGAUCAGAUGAUGAGUCCAAGCGGCUCAAUCGGCAUGAACCCCACCAGCAACUACAGCACCUGGAAGAAUGGCAUUUUCAUGAGCAUGGACUGUGUGGAUACUGGAGGUCCAAGGAGAUGCAGGAAGGGAGGAGUAAGCGACGGAGAGAGAAAAGAGAGAGGAGCUCCCUGCAGCGCCCAAACAGACGAGCAGCAGUUAGUGCGCAACAUUGAGUACAUAGCCAGCUGUUACAGAGACCAGAGGGCCACACAGAAAAGGACCGGAGAGUGGAAGAAGGUGGCCAAAGUCUUGGACCGCUUCUUCAUGUGGAUAUUUUUCAUUAUGGUGUUUUUGAUGAGCCUCCUCAUCAUGGGCAAAGCCAUCUAAGUGGAGCAAUACUGAGGAGUUGUACCCUAACAAUAGUGUUAAUUGUUGUGUAUAAUAUAAAGAUUAUUUUCCUGCAGGGAAUCACAGAAUAUGUUAAGUCCUUUGUUUGGUCCUUUAAGUGAAUCCACUCUAACAUAAAGCUUCCUGCAGCACUAUUGGUCAGUAGAUAGUAACUGGUUUUGUGCGUUUACCUGAGGUAUCUAACAAACUGUAUUCUUUCUGUACUGCAGCUUUUAUUUUUCACAUCUGAAAUAAUAAAACAAAA